UAUUACCAGUCAGACGCGAAACUUUGUCAGAGAAAGAGUGCUUCAAUUAUUAUUUUGCAAUUAAUUCAAUUUUCUCUACAAAAAUGGCGAUCAGUUCGAUUAAUUGGAAAUUGGAGGAAAUGGGACGGAUCAUUGCGUACAAUUCGCGUCUUCUCACCCAAUUAACUCCCUACUGGAGUACUGAUCCCAGUUCUCUCCUUGGAAGUCACAUCCAGGCGGAAUUUUCUCAAAUGCGAUCGUGGUUUGAACAAAUUUACUGGAACACUCAAAAUAUUCUACGCCAAAUUCAGGAAGUUCUCGAAAAUUACAUUUACUUCCAACGCGGACAUCCCGUUCAAGUAGCAGAGUUGAGUGAAGUGCAGCAAGUGUGUGAGAUGUUCUUUCAACUCCUCACAGACUUUAUUGAUCAAUUUGAGUUGCUCUAUCGCAAUCGCAUGACAACGUUGAUGUGCACCCUCGAUAACUUCCCAGAGUACGUCAUCAACACUUGGUGGACGGAUAUCUUGAGGUUCAUGCAGGAAUUGCUGAAGAGCACCCUCAUCUUCGAAGAGCAACCACCGACGAUCAUCAGGAAGGAUAAGAAGUUUCAUGCCAAAGUUCGAUGGCUGAUCGGAUCAAAGAUCGAAACUUUUGCGAAUAUUGAUCAACUAACAGGCAUUGCAACCAUUCUCAAUAAGGAUAUGGUGAAUAAAGUAAAGCAAGGAGUAUGCAGCGAACAAGCCGUCAGUGAGAUACAAAACGGAAUGGUAAAAUUUGAAAUAAAUCAAAAUGGAGAAGUCUCUGCGAAGCUUCGUGAAUGCAAAAUAAUGCUCAUAAACAGGAACGGCUCCAAAGAUUCCGACAAGAAGAUUCACGAGAAGUUUGCCGUUCUCUUCCGCACGAGGAUUGUGUGGAAUAAUACUGCGAUCGACAUCCCGCUCCUGUCUCUUCCUCUCUGUCUGGCCACGCAUGUGCAUCAGGAUGAAAAUCUUCAUGCCAUGAUAAUGUGGGAUUAUGCUUUUGCCGCAAAGGACAGACUGGCUUUUGAGGUUCCUGAUACUGUCCAAUGGUUCCAGUUAGCGGAAAUUCUCAGCAGGAUGUGGAACAAUUCCAUCGGCAGUCACCUAACAGAUGCUCAUCUCAAGUAUCUCUAUCACAAAAUCUUCUUCAAUGCCAAUCCAGCAGAUGAAGCAGAUCCUGGACAGUUUGUAACUUGGGAUCAAAUUGCAAGAGCUAACCUUCCUGGUCAGAACUUUACUUUCUGGUCCUGGUUCUACGGAGCUAUGAAGCUGAUUGAGGACAAGUUUAAGGAUAACUGGAAUGCAGGACAUAUCUACGGAUAUAUUAGCAGAAAUCAAGCCAGGAUACUGCUGGAGAGUCAACCAGCUGGAACAUUUCUUUUUCGCUUCUCAGAAUCAUCAACUGGAAGGAUGUCAAUCGAUGUGAGGAAAACUGAUGAUGUCCCUUCGUAUGGACCACUAAGUUCCAAAGAAUUCCCAGGUGAAAGUAUCGAUGAAUUCAUCUCACAAUGUGAAGGUUUAAGUUUCCUCUACCCGGGUCUUGUGGUUUGCAGUAUUUUCUCAAAGAAACUAAAUGAAGACAAAGCUAAACGUAUGAAAGUUCCAUAUAGUAAAAUAAAGCCCGUAUAUAAGCUUUCUUGAACUUUUUGUAUAGAAAGCAAUACGUAGAAGAACUGGUAUGUGAAAGACUGUAUCUUAAAUAUCACAAAGAACUGCAUUUUUUAUUGAUAUUUUAAACAAAUUGUUUUUUUUUUUAAUUCAUACGGUAAAUAAUUAGGAAUAUUUCUAAAUACGACGAAAUUUUGGAUGGGAGCUUUAAAUAGAAUAUUGUUUAAGUAUUCUGUAUGUUAUUGAUUAUAAAAAUUAAAAUUAUAUUAAAAGAAGUUUUAAAACAAA